AAUCAAUAAUGGUGGAUAUAAGAGGCCAUCUUGAAAUCAUUUCUGCCUACUUGAAUCGCCCAGAAGGUACAAUUAUCCACAUACUUCUUUCACGUUGCCGGCCAUAGAGACAGCAUUACUCUUUAUCUUGCCAUGGAGUCGAACUCAGCGGAGUCAAACUCAGCACGCAGCUAUAGAUGUGUUAAGUCAAUUCAGAACAGAAGUGGCACUAUGGCAAAUGUCAUUCUUCUAGUCGGUAGGCUAGGCGCAGGGAAGUCUACAUUGACCGAAGUGAUAACGGGAGCCGAGGGGCUGUCAAGUGGUGGAAUUCAUUCAUCAACCGAUCACUGCCAAGUUUUCGAUACGACUAUCAACGGUGAAGAAUACUUUAUUGUUGAUACACCUGGCUUCGAGCCUGGCAAUAAAGGGGAAAUAUUCCGCCAGAUAACCGAGAUGUUACAGCAACUUCAGCAAAACUCCAUUUUUGGUAUUUGGUACUUGAUCAACAACCUGACCAGACAAGAUGGGUUUGACAAGGAGAUGGUAGCCUGGCUACUAGCUUUUUGUGGGCAGUCGUUUUGCCCAAACGUGACAAUUGUGACCACCUUUUGGACGGGUGAAGGUGGUAUGCUUCGGAAUCAGAAUGAAAACCUCCGACAGCGACUAGAUGAAGAAUGGGCCCAACUGCAGGCAUCUGGCGCUGAACAUCAUGCCUUUGGGAAACAUUAUGUCGACGGCAUUCCCCAGGAGAGCACUAUUUCUCUGUUCGACCCAGCUAAAAGAGAAGAGUUAGAGCAGCAAGCCAGAACUAUGGUCACGCGUUACUGCCAUAGUGAAACGACAUCAUUGCCCCAGAUACUGCGGGAGCUCGGUGAGCCACGGCCACUGCACAGAACUAGUGCCAGCAGGAUAUUCCCGCCUCAGAAACAACAGGUGCCGAGGGGUGCUCCACACGAGGAAGGAGGAGGACCAAGAGAAGACCCAAAUGCCGCCGAACCACGUGUUAUCCGCCAGUGCGACCCAGAGAACCAAUUAGAGGAGGAAUGGGCGGGAUUCCUCCAGCUCGAGGCAGACAUGAAAGUACGUUCUUCCAAGAACCAGGUUUUGGAGGGGGCAUGCAACAAAGCGAUCCUGGUCCACUGGCUGCGGACUAUACGGCUGGCCACUAUAAUCGCCCCAGGGACUCCAAUCUCGAUCCACUUUCUUCACACGAUACAGCCAAGCUCUAUAAUCGACCUGGAGACUUUGAUUCUCGAAAAGAGUACUAUUACUCGUGGGGUUUGA